AUGGAGAGACGUUUCGCUCGGGAUCCUCCCUUUCAUGUUCUCUACGCGGACUUCAUGCGGCAAUACGAAGACUUGCACCAUAUGUCUCGCGUAACUCCGGACGCCACAUCACGUAGGCCGGUGCAUUACUUGCCGCAUCACGGCGUCCUGCGAAAGAGCAGCGUCACCACGAAGCUGCGCGUGGUCUUCAACGGUUCAACGCCGACUGCCUCGGGCAAAACCUUGAAUGACCACCUAAUGGUAGGCCCGAACUUGCUGCCUCCGCUCGCCGACGUGCUGCUCCGUUGGCGACAGCACCGUUUCGUCCUAGCCACCGACGUCGAGAAGAUGUUCCGGCAGAUCCUGGUGCAUCCGGACGAUAGGGAUCUGCAAAGGAUCCUGUGGCGUGAUUCCCCGCAAGGCAGUCCUGCGGAAUAUCAGCUGAGCACGGUGACCUACGGCCUGGCGUGUGCGCCGUUUCUAGCAAUGCGCGCUCUGAGACAGUUAGCCGAAGACCAAGGAAAGCAGUACCCUCUGGGAGCGGCCGCGCUUCUACGAGACCUCUACAUGGACGACAUCUUGAUCGGAGCGUCGACAAUUGCGGAGAUCCAGGAAAUGUGCAGCCAGCUGUCCAGUAUCUGCAUGGCGGGCGGCUUUCCUCUCCGGAAGUGGUCAGCCAACGACUCAGCUGCGAUCUCGGACAUCCCGCCGGAGCAUCGGUUGCAGCGCGAGACCCGUGACUGGAGACCGCACGAAGCUCACUCCACCUUGGGAUUACAGUGGCACCCCGCCACGGACGACUUCUCCUUCACCAUCCGGCACAUUGCGCUGUCAUCCGUCACCAAGAGAUCCGUGCUGUCCUUGGUGGCGCAACUAUUCGACCCUCUCGGCUGGCUAGUGUCGGUCGUGGUCCGCGCCAAGAUUGCCUUCCAAUCAACUUGGCUUCAAGGACUCGAGUGGGAUGCCCCGCUCGACGACGUCUCCGCGUCAGCCUGUGUCGCCUUCCACGCCCAGAUACCAGCACUCGAGCAAAUCCGAGUACCUCGCUGGAUCAAUCUGAAUCCAUCUUGCACCCGCGUCGAGGUCCAUGGCUUCUCCGACGCCUCAGAACGAGCUCUAGUCACCGCCAAAACAAAGAUCACGCCGCUCAAACAGGUGUCGUUACCUCGCUUGGAGUUGAGCGCCGCCGUGCUUCUCUGCCGCCUAGCCAAGCACGCCAUGGAAAUCCUCGAUCUAACUGCGCCACUUCACUUGUGGACGGACUCUACCGUCGCGCUGGGCUGGAUCCGCGGCCAUCCAUCCAGGUGGCAGACCUACGUCGCGAACCGCGUCUCCGAGAUCCAGAGGACCACCCCGCAGGCUGCGUGGCAUCACGUACCAGGCCAGGACAACCCAGCCGACUGCGCUUCCCGAGGUCUCUCCCCCCAAAAAACUGCUGGGUCAUCCGCUGUGGUGGCAAGGUCCGCCCUGGCUAAGGUUAGAAGCAGCCGCAUAGCCGACUGCCGUCGAUCACAUCACCGAGGAGCACCUGCCGGAGAGGCGCACCCGAAUCCACGUCAAGGCCACAGCAGCAUCGACGAGCGAGGCCGCCGAGUUGGUGCGAUUCUCCUCCCUGAAGAGACUCCUACGUGUGACAGCCUGGUGUCGACGGUGGCUGAGAGUGAAGGAAGGCCAUGCUACUGGCACUCACCGGAGCUUUCCCGUCCCCUUUUAGAUUCCGAGGGUCUCCUGCGGGUUGGAGGUCGGCUCAAGCACUCCAUCUUGGCCUAUGACGAGCGUCAUCCCGUCCUCCUGCCAAAGGGCUCGCACUUCACUCGGCUAAUCGUGGACGACUGCUAUAAACGAGCGUUGCACGGCGGAACGCAGCUCACUUUAUCAUUAAUCCGCCAGCGAUACUGGAUUCCACGAGGUCGAGCACUUGUCAAAGAGGCUAUCCUGCGAUGUCUUCCUUGUGUGCGAUGGCGGGCGGCGACCCUCCAACAGUUGAUGGGCGAUCUUCCACGAGAACGCGUAGUUCCAGCGAGGCCUUUUCUUCACACCGGGGUCGAUUAUGCCGGGCCAGUUCAACUCCGCACAAUCAAGGGGCGCGGACACCGCUCCUACAAGGCCUUCGUGGCAGUCUUCGUCUGCCUUGCUUCCAGAGCCGUACACCUUGAAGUGGUCUCCGAUUACACGGCCGAAGCCUUCCUUGCGGCUCUCAGACGGUUCAUCUCUCGCCGAGGCAUCUGUCGCAGUCUUCGGAGCGACUGCGGAACAACCUUUGUGGGAGCGGAUUCUCAGCUGAAAGCCCUCUUCACCGCAGGCACGUCAGAAAGCCGCCGGAUCGUCGACGGUCUCAUCUCCGAGAGGAUCGAGUGGAAGUUCAAUCCUCCCUCAGCACCGCACUUCGGAGGUAUAUGGGAGGCCGCAGUCAAGUCGCUCAAACAUCAUCUCCGACGGGUAAUUGGCGACGCCAAGCUGACAUACGAGGAGAUGAGCACCCUCCUCACUCAAAUCGAAGCGUGCCUUAAUUCGCGGCCGCUGCAGGCACUCUCGGACGACCCUGAGGAUCUAGCUGCGCUGACGCCCGGACACUUCUUAGUAGGAGCCGCCUUGACUGCAGUGCCCGAACCGUCCUUGCUGGAUCAACCGACGUCUCGCUUAUCCCGCUGGCAGCUCCUGCAAAAAAUGCGAGAUCACUUUUGGGAACGCUGGUCGAAGGAGUACUUCCACUCCAUAACUCACCGCCCUAAGUGGUUGCGCGAAGAGACGCGCUUCAAAGUCGGCCGACUUUGUCUUCUCCGGAACGAGAUCACACCACCCACGAAAUGGCCACUCGCGCGUAUCACAAGAAUCCACCCCGGAGAAGAUGGUCAAGUUCGCGUAGUCACCGUGCGCACCGCCGCCUCCGAAUUCGUACGGCUCGUCGUGAAACUCGUCGUGCUACCCAUCAACGACCGUGGGGAUUACGAGCCUCAGCCGCAAUAG